AUGGCUACACUUCUGUUCUUGACAGGUGCUGCUACAAGUCGAUAUUUCCAAGAUGGUGCUGUCAAGAAGAGACAGCUUCUUCCAGUGUCACCUCUCAUUGUCCAUUUGUGCCAAGAGUUUGAUGUGGACACGAAAUUGUAUGACAGACAGCGACGCAGCACUUUGCAGGUCCAUGAGCAUUCCCGGGGCAACUUGCCGACUGGACAGUAUCCUGCGGAUUUGCUGGUGAUUUUGGUUGGGGGACAGGAGUAUCGAGGAACAUUGACCCCUUGGAACGCAGAAGAGCACGUGUUGCACCAGUACCACUUCGGGCAAGCCGACUGUUUUAGUUUGAAAUGCAAGCACAUCCUUGCGUUGCAGCCAGACUGCCUGAGACUGCACGCUGGUGCUCGCAUGCGCCGGCCUUUGGCUGUGGCAACGAACGAGGUACUCCUGGAAGAUCUUGCAACUGCAGCCAGUCAGUCAAUAGAUGAUGUCUGUGUGCAUUUGGAAAUGUUCGCAGAAGAUCUUGCUGCCUCCCUCAAAUCUGCAGUGUUUCUGCAAGCAAAGGCCAUGCAACAGCAGGAGGAGAAUGAUCCAGGUGAUGCUGCCAUAGUCCAGCGGCGCUCAAUCGGCUGGAGCUGGACUUUUGACCGCGCUGAGCGUUUGCUUCGCGAUUUGCUUCGUUGGUCUGAUGGAAUUUUGGAUGCUGCGAGGUCCAUCAGUCCAGAUCUUUGUGUAGAGGAGCAGAUGCAAUUGGAGCAGCAUGUUCAAGCCUUGAAGCAUUUUCUUGCAGGGAGACCAGACCACUCCGCCCAGCGAGUUGCAUACUCCAAAGAUCAACUGUCAAAGGCGCUGAUUGCCUCCAUGGGUUUGCGCUCAAAAGGCAACCUCCUUGAGACAGUCCAAUGGGCCCUGAAAUCUUUUCCAGAUGCGGCUUUGCAAGCUUACGCUGAUCAUAUGAAGUUGCCAAAGUCUUCUUCUCAAGGCAGGCAUCAGCUAGACUUGGAUGCUGCGUAUUGUUGCUACUGGGCAGAAAGGAGGCUGCGGCACUUUGAAGGAGCAGCUUACUUGUGGUUGGAUUCCUCGCCUCAGUGUGGCCAAGAUUGGUUGUUAGCAAUAGUCCGAUUGAUCAACAAGGAGGACUUGUCUGGUUGUGUUGAGAAUGCAAAAUUCCUUGUUGCUUCAGAGAAGACUCUGCUUGAGGCUGCUGCAAAAAUUUCUUCAGAAGUUAUGGAGAGUCCAACGAAAAUCAUGCAGCAGACAGCUCUUGAACGUUUGCGCGCGAGGCGAUUUCUCCUGGAGCAUGUGCAGCUCCACAGACUCAUACCUACAGGUGUUGGUAAGGGCAGGGCCAAGAUCGAGGACAAAUGCAAAGCUUUGGCGCGGAAGCUUGUGGCAGAAACACAAGAUCUGACGGUGCUCCGGCGCUUGCUUUCCCAAGUCAGUGGCUUUUGCACAGAUGCUGGCGUUGAGAUGAGUGUGGCGGAUGUGGGAGGAGUCACACUUCAUGACAUCCUUGCUGAUGUGUUCCCUGAGGGAAUGCAGUCUGAAGAUGUCUUCAUGGAUUUGCCUGCUGCAGAUGAGGAUUCACAAAACUACUUGUUUCCUGUUGCUGUCGUGUCCCCUGGAACAUUGCAUAUCUAUAACAACAUGAUGGGAGAUAUACACAAGCGCUUGGAGAAAUGGGAUGGAUGGCUCUCUGGCUUGAAGGCGGUUGUGAGAAUAUUCAGCAACAACCAUGUUCGACAAAGGUUCAUUGGCACAUGCAUACUUGGGACAGACCAUGCAUGGCUUAAGCACCAGGCUGACUCCCAGAUUCCAGAACCAGCUUCGUGGAGGUGGGGUUCCAUCGAGGCUGCUGUAAAGGAGACAUUGACGAAGCGGUUUGUGCUGAGGACAGCGUGGAACCCAGAAAAGUUCAAAGGCAACCUGGAUGGAGUGCCAGCCCAGGCGGGGGAUAGACCCAGAGAUGAUGAUCUUGAUGUUUCUGCCGUAACUCUCGCCGUGAGAUCACCUGAGUGGUGGUUGUAUACCAGAAUGAUUCUGGAGCUUCACCUUCUGGCAGGAGCAGUGAGACUGGUUUGA